GAGUGCACCUCUUUUCGUAGAGGUACCACGCGCAAGUCUUAUCGGGAGGCUCUGAAGCGAUGGCUUCUGGGCCCGGGGGCGGACCGUAUCGCGUAGCCGGAAGCGGGGGCGCGGAGGCGGGUCUGAGGUUUGGUCGCUGCGGAGCGGGUCGCGGGCAGCUGUCUGUCUUGCUCCUUUUGACAGCCCCCAGUGCGAACGGCUGCCACCAUGUCAUCAGUGAGCCCCAUCCAGAUCCCCAGCCGCCUCCCGCUGCUGCUCACCCACGAAGGCGUCCUGCUGCCCGGCUCCACCAUGCGCACCAGCGUGGACUCGGCCCGUAACCUGCAGCUGGUGCGGAACCGCCUGCUGAAGGGCACGUCGCUGCAGAGCACCAUCCUGGGCGUCAUCCCCAACACGCCUGACCCCGCCAGCGACGCGCAGGACCUGCCGCCGCUGCACAGGAUUGGCACAGCUGCACUGGCCGUUCAGGUUGUGGGCAGUAACUGGCCCAAGCCCCACUAUACUCUGUUGAUUACAGGCCUGUGCCGUUUCCAGAUUGUACAGGUCUUAAAAGAGAAGCCAUAUCCCAUUGCUGAAGUAGAGCAAUUGGACCGACUUGAGGAGUUUCCCAGCACCUGUAAAAUGAGGGAGGAACUAGGAGAACUAUCAGAGCAGUUUUACAAAUAUGCAGUACAAUUGGUUGAAAUGUUGGAUAUGUCUGUCCCUGCAGUUGCUAAAUUGAGACGUCUUUUAGAUAGUCUUCCAAGGGAAGCUUUACCAGACAUCUUGACAUCAAUUAUCCGAACGAGCAACAAAGAGAAACUCCAGAUUUUAGAUGCUGUGAGCCUAGAGGAGCGGUUCAAGAUGACUAUACCACUGCUUGUCAGACAAAUUGAAGGCCUAAAAUUGCUUCAAAAAACCAGAAAACCCAAGCAAGAUGAUGAUAAGAGGGUUAUAGCAAUACGCCCUAUUAGGAGAAUUACACAUAUCUCAGGUACUUUAGAAGAUGAAGAUGAAGAUGAAGAUAAUGAUGACAUUGUCAUGCUAGAGAAAAAAAUACAAACAUCUAGUAUGCCAGAGCAGGCCCAUAAAGUCUGUGUCAAAGAGAUAAAGAGACUCAAAAAAAUGCCUCAGUCAAUGCCAGAAUAUGCUCUGACUAGAAAUUAUUUGGAACUUAUGGUAGAACUUCCUUGGAACAAAAGCACAACUGACCGCCUGGACAUUAGGGCAGCCCGGAUUCUUCUGGAUAAUGACCAUUAUGCCAUGGAAAAAUUGAAGAAAAGAGUGCUGGAAUACUUGGCUGUCAGACAGCUGAAAAAUAACCUGAAGGGCCCAAUCCUAUGCUUUGUUGGCCCUCCUGGGGUUGGUAAAACAAGUGUGGGAAGAUCAGUGGCCAAGACUCUAGGUCGAGAGUUCCAUAGGAUUGCACUUGGAGGAGUAUGUGAUCAGUCUGACAUUCGAGGACACAGGCGCACCUAUGUUGGCAGCAUGCCUGGUCGCAUCAUCAACGGCUUGAAGACUGUGGGAGUGAACAACCCAGUGUUCCUAUUAGAUGAGGUUGACAAACUGGGAAAAAGUCUACAGGGUGAUCCCGCAGCAGCUCUGCUCGAGGUGUUGGAUCCUGAACAAAACCAUAACUUCACAGAUCAUUAUCUAAAUGUGGCCUUUGACCUUUCUCAAGUUCUUUUUAUAGCUACCGCCAACACCACUGCCACCAUUCCAGCUGCCUUGUUGGACAGAAUGGAGAUCAUUCAGGUUCCAGGGUAUACACAGGAGGAGAAGAUAGAGAUUGCCCAUAGGCACUUGAUCCCCAAGCAGCUGGAACAACAUGGGCUGACUCCUCAGCAGAUUCAAAUCCCCCAGGUCACCACUCUUGACAUCAUCACCAGGUAUACCAGAGAGGCAGGGGUUCGUUCUCUGGAUAGAAAACUUGGGGCCAUUUGCCGAGCUGUGGCCGUGAAGGUGGCAGAAGGACAGCAUAAGGAAGCCAAGUUGGAUCGUUCUGAUGUGACUGAGAGAGAAGGUUGCAGAGAACACAUCUUAGAAGAUGAAAAACCUGAAUCUAUCAGUGACACUACUGACUUGGCUCUACCACCUGAAAUGCCGAUUUUGAUUGAUUUCCAUGCUCUGAAAGACAUCCUUGGGCCCCCGAUGUAUGAAAUGGAGGUAUCUCAGCGUUUGAGUCAGCCAGGAGUAGCAAUAGGUUUGGCUUGGACUCCCUUAGGUGGAGAAAUCAUGUUCGUGGAGGCGAGUCGAAUGGAUGGCGAGGGCCAGUUAACUCUGACCGGCCAGCUCGGGGACGUGAUGAAGGAGUCCGCCCACCUCGCUAUCAGCUGGCUGCGCAGCAACGCAAAGAAGUACCAGCUGACUAACGCUUUUGGAAGUUUUGAUCUUCUUGACAACACAGACAUCCAUCUGCACUUCCCAGCUGGAGCUGUCACAAAAGAUGGACCAUCUGCUGGAGUUACCAUAGUAACCUGUCUCGCCUCACUUUUUAGUGGGCGGCUGGUACGUUCAGAUGUAGCCAUGACUGGAGAAAUUACACUGAGAGGUCUUGUUCUUCCAGUGGGUGGAAUUAAAGACAAAGUGCUGGCGGCACACAGAGCGGGACUGAAGCAAGUCAUUAUUCCUAGGAGAAAUGAAAAAGACCUUGAGGGAAUCCCAGGCAAUGUACGACAGGAUUUAAGUUUUGUCACAGCAAGCUGCCUGGAUGAGGUUCUUAAUGCAGCUUUUGAUGGUGGCUUUACUGUCAAGACCAGACCUGGUCUGUUAAAUAGCAAACUGUAGGCCCAAAUCUCAACUUUUUAGAAUUUUAAGUUAUGAAGUGCUCAAAGGUACUGACACGGUUGAUUUUAUUCACACCAUUAGGGGUAUGCAAGAUGUCCCUGUUUCAUAAACAUAAUCACAACAGUAAUAAACCAAGUAGUGGCUAGUGUAUAGUAUAGAAACAUAAGAUGUUCAUUUAGUAAACUGAUAAAAAUCGAAUUCUUGUCUUGUUUUUAGUGGGAUCCUUACUGUCCCUGGAAAGAUACACCAUAGUGGUUCUCAGCACAGUCUCCAGAACAGAAGCAUCUGUAGUACCUGAUAACUUGUUAGAAAUGUACAUUCUCAGGCUCCACAGCAGGCUGCCUGAAUCAAAUCCUGGGAGGUAGGGGCAGAAAUCUGUUUUAAGAAGCCUUCCAGGUAAUUCUGCACAGUCAAGGAACCACUGGUAUAGACCAUUACUUAAUGGAUUUACCUGUAGAGUUUAUUGGAUCCUGAAACCAAUCACUUAGAACUGGGAAAAGAUGAAAGUAUAGCCAACUAUUCUUGACUAACACAUAUAUUCAAGUGGACUGGGUGUGAUGGCUAACACCUGUAAUUCCAGCACUGUGGGAGGUCGAGGCAGGCAGAUCACUGAGCCCAAGAGUUCAAGACCAUCCUGGCCAACGGCGAAAACUCUGUCUCUACAAAAAAUAAAUUAUACAGGCGUGGUGGCAUGUGCCUGUAAUCCCAGCUACUCGGGAAGCUGAGGCACAAGAAUUGCCUGAACCCAGGAGGUGGAGAUUGCAUUGAGCUGGGAUCAUGCCACUGCACUUCAUCCUGGCUGACGGAGCGAGACUCUGUCUCUAAAAAAGAAAAAACUCAAGUGGACCCUACGAAGAAGCCUACACAUCCCAACAGAAGCCCCUUCUUAUGCUGAGGGAAGCAGCCCUCAGAACAUGAUAGCUUGUAUCCAGCAGAGUGGCACAUGCUGGCACACCUCACAGAAGCACCCUGGCCCUGGAUGCCUGCAACCUCAGAAGAGUGCAGCUCCUGGAGGGAGGCAGCCAUCCAUCUGGGAUGGUCCUAAGCAUGGAAUCGUAACUCCUGAUACCGUCUCCUAUUUCUUGCUUGGCUACACCAGUUUCCAAAUCUGAUAGAUGUCCAUGCCCAUGUGCUCCUGCUGGGACUCAAUCCAGGCUGUGUAUGACUAUGAAGUCAGGAUCACCUGCUUACUGGCUGUGUGAACUUUUUGUAUCUUGGUUUUCCUCAUCUAUGAAUUCCAAGUAAUGCUACCUAAUUGUUACUGUGAAGAUUAAGUUCAAAUGCAAUGUGAAAUAAUAUUAAGCAAUUUCUAGUUAUUCUAGCCAGUAAUGGACUUCAGCAUCUUAUAUUACACAAUAUAAGAAUAUAUAUGUAAAGACAUUUUGGAAUUUCCUGGAUGAGAAGGAAGUCUGGGCUGGGCAUGGUGGCCCACACCUGUAACCCCAGCACUUUGGGAAAUCGAGGUGAGUGGAUCACUUAAGCUCAGGAGUUCCGGACCAGCCUGGGCAACAUGGCAAAACCCCAUUUCUACAAAAAAUACAAAAGUUAGCUGGGCAUGGUGGCACCCGCCUGUAGUCUAGCUACUUGAGGCUGAGGUGGGAGGAUCAGGGAGGUCGAGGCUGCAGUGAGCCAAGAUCACGCCGCUGUACUCCAGCAGCCUGGGCGACAGAACGAGACCCUGUCUCAAAAAAAAAAAAAAAAAGAUUUGGCCAAAAUACUGUGAUAAAAUAGCAGACCUGCUGAUAAAGUUUAUCUGAAUGCAUUCUGAGAGGAAAAGUCCAGACCUAGGACUAGUUACGGCAGUUGAAGAGAAAGAACAUCAGGACGUUUGAAAAUAUGCCAUUGACUCUUAUCAACUACUGUAAUUUUAUCAUUUCCAAUGUCAUCUAAAAGGGAACUAGAACAAACUGUGAAUUCACUUUCAGCAACCAGAGGGAGCUAAUCCACAUUCACAUCACUCUGCCCUGUUCCACCCAGCAGGGACAACAAAGGACGUUUUUAGUAUCACUUGGGGUUCUCAGUAUUCUUCCUUUAGUCCUGACACAGGCAGCCUUGCACUUGUCUGUAGCAGCAGGAGGGCACUUGCUUUAAGCAUGUCUUUCGAAAGGCGCCCAUUGAGAGAAUAAUGCAUUUUCCCCUUGCUGUAUAUGACAUGGAACAUGCUAGCUUUUUUUUUUUUUUUUCUUCCGAGGUGGGAGGUUAGUUGUUUGACGUCUAAGCUCUUCCUUUUUCACCUGUUUUAUUUGGGGGGGGAGGGCGGAUAGCCAAAAUAUAAAAUCUACUAUUUUAACCAUUUUUAAGCAUAUAAUUCAGGGGUAUCAGUUACUGGGUGUGUCCACUGUCUACAUGAUUUUUUUUUUUUUUUUGAGACGGAGUCUCAUUCUGUCACCCAGGCUGGAGUGCAGUGGCAUGAUUUCGGCUCGCUACAACCUCUGCCUCUCCAGUUCAAGCGAUUCUUGUGCCUUAGCCUUCCAAGUAGCUGGGACUACAGGUGUGUGCCACCAUGCCCGGCUAAUUUUCGUAUUUUUUAGUAGAGACAGGGUUUCACCAUGUUGGCCAGGCUGGUCUCAAACUCCCGACCUCAAGUGAUCUGCCCACCUCGGCCUCCCAAAGUGCUGGGAUUACAGGUGCGAGCCACCGCACCCGGCUUACGUGCAUUUUUUAUCACCACAAACUGAAACUCUGUACCUAAAAAGAGUUCCAAAUUCCACCCUCGCCCCAGACCCUGGUAACCACUACUUCACUUUCUCUCUGAAUUUGCCUUCAUAUGAAUGGGAUUAAACAAGAGUUGCCCUUUUGUGACUGGCAUUCUUACUUAGCAAGCCAUCAGCUGCUUGAAUAGUCACUGGGGCAACUAAUUUUCGCCCAGUGUCCUCCAGAAAAGAAAGAUCUGGAGGGUCAGGCUACUGUUUUUCUUCAGAAUAAUGAGGGGGCAGAUGGGUAGGGAUGAACCUCUUCCUCCUCUGCCACUUUAGCUCAAAGGAACUCCCAUCUUUUUAUUAUUUGCAAGUUAGCUUUCUGUUGCACAUCUCUGCCUUGUAGAACCAUGACCUAUCAAGGUGUUUUGUCAAAAAAUAAUACUUUCCCUGGAAAAAAGCCAUGUGGUAGCAAAUACCAAAACUUUUUAUGGCCAAAUAAUACGCCAUUAUAUCCAUAGACCGCAUUUGGUUUACCACUCAUCUGCUGAUUGUUUCCUCCUCUUGGCUGUUAUGAAUAAUGCUGUGAACAUGGGUGUACACAUCUCUCUCGAAGUCCCUUUGGUCCUUUAGGGAUACAUAUACAGGAGCGGAAUUGCUAGAUCACAUAUGCUAAGGUCUGAAUGUCUCUCCACCAAAUUCAUAUGUUGAAGCAACCACCAAUGUGUUACUAAGAGGUGAGGCUUUAGGGGGUGAUUAUGUCAUGAGAGCUCCACCCUCAUUAAUGGAUUUAGUGCCUUUAUAAAGGGGCUCAAGAGAACCAAUUACCUCCUUUUUGCCCUUCGAUUCCCUUCCACCAUACGAUGACACAGCAACAGGCCCCAUCCUAGAAGCUGAGACUGGGUCCUCAACAGAUACCAGUCUGCCAGCACGUUGAUCGUGGACUUCUCAGUCUUCAGAACUAUGAGAAAUAAAUUUGUUCUUUUAAAUUA